AUGGAACCGCCGGCAAAGCGCAUGCGCAUACUGCACUCAGUCGAGGUCGACGAAGACAAUGCCGAAUACAUCAAGGCCAAGCAGAAACAACAACAGAAGCUCAAAAGCCGAUUUGAGUCUAUAUUUGAGAAGUUUGGAAAUAUGAAUCCAUCCCAAAGCGACGAAAUCGACUUCAACACAAACCGGGUGGUUGUGGAUAGAGGCCAUCUGCGAAGAAUAAAGCGUCAAAGCAAUGGCAAAGAGAAGACAUUACUGGAAUCAAUUGUUAUGGGAUCUGGGAGCCAUUCGGAGGACGAUGAAGAUGAUGACGAGGAGAAGGGAGAGGGGGAAGAUUCGGAGGACGAACUGGCACCCCCGCAGCUGGUCAAGCCAAAGGCUGCUGGACCGCCUGAGCAAGACAUAAACAAACAACAGACCGCAGCCACCGAGGCCAAUGCGCCACAGCCCGCAAUACCUCAGCACGACUUGCCAGCAACAUCUAUACCGCAAUCCGGCGUUCCGCAAACGCCCAAUCCUUCGAACCCCACCGCAGACCUCCUACGACAUCUUCAGUUUCCACAAACACCUGCGGGACAGCAAGCACAAAGCGCUUUCCACGCAAGUCUACUGCAAACGAUUCACCAAGCUGUCAACCAAGCCGUAGCUGGCCUUGUACUGCCAAACGCCUCGAUACCCUUCGCAAACGCUGCCCCUCCGCCGAUCACUCCAAUAACAACAGAUGACAAGGUAGCGCCUGCGACGGACCCGAAAUGGUUCUUUCCACCUCUGUCUGCACAACCGCGCCAAUGUCCAGUCGCCCAGUCGAGCCCUCUCCCAAGUUAUACAACAGCACCGAUAGCGAGCGAGAUAGGCCAGUUUGCAGACAACAUCUCAAUAAAAUUUGCUAUUGGAGGAUCUGCCGCCUCAAUCCGUACAAGACCAGAUGAAAGCUCACCAACGAGACCCCGUCGAACCAGUCCGCGUGUUGAGAUCCAGAGGCGCAUUUCCAAGACAGCGAGGAAAUAUCACUUUACUCACGAAGAUGACGUGUACAUAAGCAAGCGCAAGAGAAUAGACGGUGUAUCAUGGGCGGUCAUCAAAGACGGCCAACAAAAGUGGAAGGAGUGGCCAAUGGCUGCACUUCACAAUCGCUGGAAUUUGAUCAAGAAUCAGAAUCUUCACCUGCAAGAGCCUGCUGUAGCUCCUAAGGGUGGUAGCGUUGUUGGGGAGGAUCAGGUCUCCAAGGAACACCAUCCCGCCGUGUCGAAGCCGCCGCACCAUCUGCCGACACCGGGUUCUUCCGAGCAUGAAGACUAUCACCGGAGCCUUGUCCAGUCGACAGAAGGUGACAUUCCGGAUUUGCAAUCGUCGAGCACUCAUUUUGAUGACGAUGACCGUGAUCUAUUAUCCCUUGCUGGCGAUGAUUAUGACGAGGAGCAACUCCCGAUGAAUGACGACGACAACGAUACCCUUGUAGAUGUAUCCGGAGAUGUGGUACUGCCGUCCAUCGAGACGAGAGAUUUGAUCGAUGAAGACACACUACAGAGCGACUUGCUUGCAGACUUACCAACGCAAGACGAUAUCGCAACACCAGUCCGGGAAUCCUCCUGCAUAGCAAUAAAAGCCGAGCCUGCCUUCUCUUCGCCAACCACACUCCGAGUACGAAAGCAUGCAACGCCACUCGCCGAAGUAAUACCCGAUUCGCAACAGACCGAAGAUGACUUGCAGACUGAUCUUGUCCUGCCGUCUCCUCAGAACAUCGAAAACACAUCCUCGGGAAUUGCGAAGCCCGAUGUAGUCCAACAAUUGAAGGAGCAAAACGCGCAUGUCGCCUCCCACCGGAAAAGCCCAUCCCUCGACCUCAUCGGCACCUCCACCGAAGACGAACUCCUCCCCUCCCCACCCAACCCAACAACUCCAUGCCUAAACCGUAUCCAUGAACCAGCCACCCCGCAAACCGCUAUCCCCUUCACCACCUACCAAACACCCAAGAUCCGCAAUGCCGACGGCAGCAGUGACAAAGACAGCAAAUCCACAUCGAAAGCCGACAGAAAGGCUUUUCACAAACGGAUUAAGAGGGAGUGGACGAGGAAAGGUACGCCGGCGAAGGAGAGUGCGGCGAAGAGAAGAAGCCUAGGGGGUUUGGAAGUGAGGAAACGGAGGUGGGUGGGUAUAGAUGGAGAGGGGAGUGAGGAUGAACUCGCUAAGUUUUGA